CGUACCGAUCCCCGGCCGGCCGGUUGUUGCAGGGAGGGCAAGGAGAAAUGGCGAAGAAGCUCUCCAGGGCGGCCGUGCUGCUCCUCGUCGCCGCCCCUCUGUUCAAGUACUUGUGCGCCGUGCUCGUGGGCAUCCAGGUCGGGCGGGCGCUAGAGAGGUGUCCGGAGAGCGCCAGAUUCAGCCUGGGAGAGACUCUCCACUACGUCACCAAGGUAUGGUGCGUGAUCGAUCGUACCAUAAAAAAGAGGUGACGACGACUAGCUUGUUUGUAAAUUGUGUACUUGUUUCAGGAGCUUUGGGAUGGCAAUGUUCUGGGAGGGCGACGAGGAGGAGGAACGCACAGUUGUUUCACUGUCAGUGGUGCUGAAAGCUCGUCGUCGGAGGAACGACCCUACGCCGCCCUCGCUUCGGCCGAUGGCGUUCGUGCUCCCAGGACAAACAGCGACGCAAAUGUCACCCAGACGACGACAUACACAUACUACAACCACACUUCGCCGAGGGGCGUGAUCAGCGUGGGGCCGUGGGGCGGAUCCGGCGGGCAGCCGUUCUACAUGCGCGGCGCCAGCGCUCCUCGCCUUCGCAGCGUCGUCCUCUACCAUUCCGGCGCCAUCCACUCGCUGGCCUACGAGUACACCCUCGCCGGCGACUACGACUACGAGGGGCCGCCGCGCCGACGCCGAGUGGCCGGUCCCUGGGGCCUCCCGCAUUCCUACGGCUCCAGAGGAGUUCGUGCCGAGAUCGACCUGCGUUCAGGGGAGCACGUCACCGCAGUGGAGGGCACGACGGGGCACUUCGCCGACGUCCCCGGCGUGGUCGUCACCUCGCUGACGUUCCGCACCAGCGCCGGCAGAACGUACGGGCCGUACGGCAGCGUCGGCGCAGGGUCGCACCGCUUCUCCGUGCCGGCGGCGGACGGCGCCCGCAUCGUCGGAUUCUGGGGACGCUCCGGCUGGCUUCUCGACGCCGUCGGGGUCUACAUGAAGCCUCCUCCUUGCUCGUCGUCAGACACGGCGGCGUACGAGAAACAUGCAUCCAGACGUCAGCGACGAAACUAAUCAGUGCGCCACAGUAUACUUAUUGGGCAGAGAGAGAGAGAGAGUUAGAGAUCAUCAUCUCUACCAUAAAUAGAAUCCUGCUGUAACCUGUAUGCAUAGGUACAGUACUAGGUAGACAGAUUUUCUGAAUCUUGCUGUCAGUAUGAUGGCCGCAUAAAUAAAUAACUAGGUACGUGCCCGUGCGUU